CGCUUCGAGGCGAGCGAGGCAAUGAUGUGCACGAAGUAUUAUCCCUUAUUACACGAUCUGCUUCCGCGCCGGCCACACGUACAUUAGUUGUCACCCGACCUCUUUUGUCGAAUGCAGAGCGAAGUGUUAGCUUGUUUACAUCUAAAUGCUGGAGCGAUGCAUAGAGCGUUAUUUAGCGCUAUUGUGUCAUCGACCGUGCGUCGAUUAUCUCUGAAUUGCGAGUGAUUCACGGACAAUGUACGCGACUGUGUUUUUGCUGAAACUUUUUGUGAACUUGUGAACUUUACGAUCGGUCAAGUGAUCUGGUUAGCGUAAUUGAACUGUGACAUAUUUCUGCUCUUAGACUCAGUGUGCCAUUUUCGAGUGUCAAAGUGAACUCUACACGGAGAAAAACUUAGAAAUAGGCAUUGAGAUAUUUUUUUUAUGGACUUAGAAAAAAUUCUUGAGAGGAAGAAAGUUUGCACAGUGAUUUUUCCGACUCCGGAAUAUUGAAUAUAUUCAUAGCAUAAUAAACCAUCAAAAUAUUGGAGUAAACAAAAUUGACGGAAACGGAAAAAUUUGUUUAGCUCCAUAAACAUAAAAAGCUGUGGGAGAGGAAACCCAAACGCGCACGAGCAUUUAUGCAUACAAAACAAACCGCAAUCUGUCCACGCUUCUUCCGUAGAAAAAGGCGUUGUGAGAGACAAAGAUGGCUAUAGCAUUCAACUUGCCGAGUGAAAGAGAGGCAGCAGAGGAGAACUUUUCACGAUUGAACCGGCUCCUCGCCGAGUUGUACGAGGUUUUAUGCCACAUCUUGGUAUCACGGCAACCUGGCCAAGAAGCCCAGGAGAGCCGGCGAGAUCGUCCAUACUCCGAAUCCGACAUCGAAAGACAACCACCGCCAGUCCAACAGUGUCGCCGCUCAGCUUCAUCCCCCCCACUAACAUUAACCUUCGACAGCGACCUUGAAGACGACGUGUUCCUCCCAAGAUCAGACCCCGGGAACGACAGGUUCUCUACCACUAACCUAGAGAUAUUCAGAUAUGGAAGGACACCUGCCGGGGUGUUAUUAAGUCCAAGGAGGGAGAGGUCUUUCAACUUUUCGGUGACCAGCGAGAAGCAUUGGCGGGAUAAGGGAGGGACAGACGUCGCAGAUGGUGUUAUGGAUGCUGAUGUUACCGAUGCAGCUUCUCCGGAAUCGGUGUUUGAUAAGGAUUCAACGUCAGAAAGUUCAAUAUUUUCGUCAAUACUGCCAGAUAAAUUAUCUGGUUCGAUUUGCACUGCUGUUUUAUGCUUGGUCGGUUGGAAGCUUCUCUGCAAUAAGCGGUGAAGUAAAUUUUAAGUAUUUGCUUGAUUAUUCUCACCGUUACAAUGCGUACAACGAUAUUUAAUCAACGUAUUUUUAUCGUACGUUUUUUUGUAAAUUUUAUAAACGUUAUAAUUAAAUACCCAACUUAUACAUAAAUAUAGACAAAUAAAAGUACCAUGUGAUGUACUUUUAGAAUCUGUCACUUACGAAUAA